UCAGAAGCGCCAGGCUUGCGCGGAGCGGAGAGGAGAUGCGUGUAUAAAUAUCAGAGUGCCUCUUCUCUCCGCUAUAGCAGACCUGACACAUGACCUAAUUGUCCCUGUCACAUCUCCUGUGUCCUCACCAAGACCGCACUUCCCGAAGGAGUCGACUAGAAAACGGUUGGUUUAUUCUACAGUCGCUCUUGUAAAAGAUGCAUAGCUAGCAGAGAUGACGAUGAUGAUGAUAUCAAAUCUCAGGAAAGGAAUGACCAUGACCGGAUUUCAAGGCCAUAAUUGACAAGAUCCCUGCAUGAGAGAACGAGAGAGAGACAGAGAGGGAGGGAGGGAUGUUUGGAAGCAACAGAGGUCCACAUUAGAGCCACAGAACAGGGAUUGAAGGAACACCCAUUGGAACCAUGUAAUCAGUCCUGGGAAUGUCAAAGCAUCUCAGAGAAACAGAUACCUGGGUUUGACUGACAGCCAGAGGUUGACAAACUAAUUGGUAUAUUCAGAAUGUACUCUAGGUUUCCACACAUAACCCAUAACCAAGGAGAGGAGAGAAAAAGGAGAGGAGAGGAAAGGAGAAUGGAGAAGAGAAAAGGAGGACAAGAGAGGAGAUGAGAUGAAAAGAGAAGAAAGGACAGAUGAUGAGAGGAGAGAAGGAGAAAGGACGGAUGAAGAGGAGAUAGGAGAGGAGAAGAGAGUCGUGAGAAGAAGUCAGGAAUACAGAAGGAAGACUGUGGGAACAAGAGUGGAUCCAGCCCGCUUGACUGUGGUGACAAGGUGCCUUUGGCCUCAUCCCCCUGUGAGCCCCUGCUAACCCACAUUAAGCCCUACAAGUGCACACUCUGGAGAAAACUUCUCUUCUGCCAGUAAUCCAUACUUCUCAUUGAGAGAUGAAGAUGUGCGUCCCACUACUGAUGGCUGUGCUGCCUAUCAUACAGGCAGUGUGUCCAGACAGGGAGCCCGGCCUGCAGCCAUGGACCCCCGGCCACAGUGAAGCCCACCAUGUUACCAUUGGUUAUGGCAGAAAGGUCAUCCUCACCUCUUCAGCUACUGUGCACUCCAUAGAGAUCCUCAACGGAGGAAAGUUAGUGAUAGCAGACUCCUAUCAUCCCAUCCUACUGCGUACCAAACACAUUCUGAUCGGCAACAGAGGACAGCUGCACAUAGGAAGUCCUGCCUGCCCGUAUAAGGGCAACCUUACCAUCUCCUUAUUUGGAAGGUCUGACGACACAGACACAGAGCAUAGUUACUUUGGCCGUAAGUACAUUGGUGUGGGGACAGGAGGGACACUGGAGAUCCAUGGGGAGAAGAAGCUGUCGUGGACCUUCCUCAACAAGACCCUGCACCCAGGGGAGAGCGAGGACAACAUCUACCUGUUCGAGAGGGGCUGGGGCAACCGGGGGAUCAUAGUUCACGUCAUCGACCCCAAGACUGGAGAAGUGCUCCACAAUGAUAGGUUUGACACAUACCGCAGUAAAGAAGAGAGUCGUCGCCUGGCCCAGUAUGUAGAUGUGGUAGACAAUGGGAUGAUUCUGGCCAUGGUGGUCAACGACGAGGGGUCUAACAACCUAGAGGACUCGGCCAGGAAGAUCCUCACCAAGCUGGGGAGUAAAGACUUCCACCGCCUGGGCUUCCGUCAUCCCUGGAGUUUCAUUGCGUUGAAAGGCAACUGUCCCUCUGCUGUGGAGGAUCAUGCUAUCUAUCAAGGCUCGCAGUUCACGAUGUUCCAGUCAGAAUACGGAGAGCACUUCACCAUCACCACCUCCAGCCAAUGGGUGCAAGGCAGAGGGACUGAGUGGUUUGACAGAGAUGAUGAGAGAGGAUCAGGAGACUGGGAGAAGCUGUCUGACCUCCACAAGGCUUACCCUGACCGCUCCUGUAGCACCCCCAUGGAUAUACAGGCUGAGUCCCAUGAUGGUGUGCCAUCGAACGAGACAGGAGAUGUCAUCUAUAAGUCUGACAGGGACUACGGCUUCGUCUGUCUCAACAAGGACCAGAGCCAUCGUGCAUUUGAUAUAACCAAAUUGAUUGACGUAUUCUCUGUCCCUCCAGUGCGUCCCCAGGCCUCCAUCUCUAUAGAGCAUCUGUCCAACAGCACUGUCCUGGAGUUAGCUGAGCCAGCUGAAGGCUGGGGCCCAGGAGACAGACUGGUGCUGGCCAGUACUGACUACUCUAUGCACCAGGCUGAGGAGUUCACCAUACUACCCUGCCCUGCCUGUGGGCCCACACAGGUUAAAGUCCAAGGUAAGCCAGUGUUCCUCCACAUGGGUGAGGAGGUGGAUGGGGUGGACAUGAGGGCAGAGGUCGGCCUGCUGAGUCGCAACAUCCUGGUGCGCGGCGAGAUGGAACCUGGUUGCUACGGCAACGAGGCCUGCAAGUUCUUCGCCUUUGACACUUUUGGAGGACACGUGAAGGUGGAGCGUGGCUUUAAGUCUGUGCAUGUGUCCGGUGUAGAGCUGCAGCACAUGGGUCAACAGUCUAUGGGUCACUACCCUGUCCACUUCCAUAUGAACGGAGACGUGGACCAGAAGGGAGGCUACGAUCCCCCCACCUCCGUCAGCGAUCUGUCCAUCCACCACACCUUCUCCCGCUGUGUCACUGUGCACGGCUCCAACGGCCUACUGGUAAAGGACGUGGUGGGCUAUGAUGCACUGGGACAUUGUUUCUUCACUGAGGACGGUCCUGAGGAGAGGAACUUUGACCACUGCCUGGGGCUGAUGAUCAGAGCUGGUACCCUGCUUCCCUCCGACAGGGACAGCAAGAUGUGUCGCGAUAUCACACAGGCCUUCCCCGGAUAUGUGGCCAACCCACGACAAGACUGCAGUGCUACCUCCACCUUUUGGAUUGCCAACCCCAAUAACAACCUCAUCAACUGUGCAGCAGCAGGCUCAGAGGAGACCGGUUUCUGGUUCCUCUUCCACCAUGUGCCUACGGGAGCCUCUGAGGGCAUGUACUCUCCUGGCCGCUCCGAACACACACCUAUGGGCCAGUUCACCAACAAUAGGGCCCACUCCAACUACAGGGCUGGGAUGAUCCUAGACAACGGUGUAAAGACGACACAGGCCAACGACAAGGACAAGAGACCCUUCCUUUCUCUAGUGGGAGCAAGAUAUGGACCCCACCAGGAUGCGGAUCCCUUCAAGCCCCGUGUCCCAGCUCUCAUCCACCAUUUUGUGGCCUACAAGAACCAGGACCACGGAGCCUGGCUGAGGGGAGGAGAUGUCUGGCUGGACGACUGCCAAUUUGCUGAUAAUGGAAUUGGCCUAACACUGGCUAGUGGUGGUACAUUCCCUGAUGACGAUGGUUCUCGUCAGGAGGUGAAGAACAGUCUGUUUGUUGGGGAGAGUGAGAACAGGGGCAUGCCCAUUCCUGACAACCGUAUCUGGGGUCCCGGGGGACCCGACCUCAAUGGGAGGACCCUGCCUCGAGGAGUUGACUUCCCUAUCCGCGGCAUGCAGAUCUACGACGGGCCCAUCAACGUGCAGAACUGCACCUUCAGAAAAUACAUUGCCCUGGACGGUCGACACACCAGCGCCUUCGGCUUCAGACUCAACAACUCCUGGCAGAGCUGCCCUAACAACAACGUCACUGACAUCACCUUCCACGACGUGCCUAUAACGUCCCGGGUGUUUUUCGGCGAGCCCGGCCCAUGGUUUAACAAGAUGCAAAUGGACGGUGACAAGACCACGAUAUUCCAUGACGUGGACGGCUCGGUCAGUGAGUACCCUGGAGCCUUCCUGGUCAAAGAGGACAACUGGCUACUGAGACACCCUGACUGUAUUGACGUGCCUGACUGGAGGGCUGCCAUCUGUAGUGGGCAUUAUGCACAGAUCUACAUACAGACACGUAACCCUGCCAGUCUGAACAUGCAGAUGGUAAAGGAUGAGUACCCUGACAGACCCCUGACACUAGAGGGCGCUCUGGGCAAGAGGAAGCACUACCAGCAGUUCCAGCCCGUGGUCACCCUGGGUAAGGGCUACACUGUACACUGGGACCAGGCUGCUCCUGCAGAGAUCACUGUGUGGCUCAUCAACUUCAACAGGAACAACUGGAUCAACGUGGGCUUCUGCUACCCACCAGGCACCACCUUCACGAUCAUCUCAGACAUCCACAACCGGCUGACCAAGCAGACAAGGAAGACCGGUGUGUUUAUGAGGACCACCACAGAGACAAGUCAACCAGUCUCACCUGUCCGAGGCUAUUACUACUGGGAGGAAGAUACCGGCCUGCUGUUCCUCCGAGUGAAGGCCCACAAUGAGAAGGAGGACUUUGCCUUCUGUUCAGUGAAGGGUUGUGAGAGGGUUAAAAUCACAGCCGUUAUCCCUAAGGGCAGCGGCCCCAGUGACUGCAUGACACAGGCCUACCCCCUGCACGCAGAGAUGCCCAUCGUAGAUGUGCCCAUGCCAAAGAAACUGCCCAGCGCCAAGCUGCGCACCACAGACCACUUCCUGGAGGUCAAGCUGGAGUCCUACAACACACGCUUCUUCCACAUCAAGGAGGACUUCGCCUACACAGAGGUUAACGGCAGGAAGUUGUACCAGCCAGAUGAUGGGGUGCAGCUGACGGUAAUGGACGGCCAUGACGGGAGACUGGUGGAGAGCAAAGGCUUCAGGAACUCCAUACUGCAGGGUGUACCUGCCCAGAUAGAGAGCUAUGUUAACAACCUGACAGACCACUCUAUCGUCAUAAUAACGUCUAAGGGUCGCCUGGUAACUCGGGGCCCCUGGACCAGAAUACUGGAACUCCUCGGGGCUGACAAGACCCUCAAGUUAAGAGGUAACUAACUAACUACUGUAGCUCCUUAGAGGUGACCAAACCCUCAUGUUGAGAGGUAACUAACUAACUAACUACUGUAGCUCCUUAGAGCUGACCAAACCCUCAUGUUGAGAGGUAACUAACUAACUAACUACUGUAGCUCCUUAGAGCUGACCAAACCCUCAUGUUGAGAGGUAACUAACUAACUACUGUAGCUCCUUAGAGCUGACCAAACCCUCAUGUUGAGAG